AUGUCUCUUUUUAGCAGGCCAUUUCUGAGGAGGUCCCGGCAGUUUUCGGUAACAAGGUAUGUGUAUUGGGCUAGAAAUCCCUCUCUUGGAAGAAACAUUAGGAUACCAUUAACAGCAAAACCAUUAAUAAGAGUAUACUCUAAUGAGCUGAAACCUGAAAAGGAGACUUCUUCGGGCAAAAAAUCAAAAAAACUAUCCAAUUUGAAAUACAUUACUGAGAGAGAUUCCCUGUUGGUGCAGACCAACAAUAUUUUCACAAAGCUCAAAAUUAAUAUACGAUGGUACUUGAAGAAGUCUACUCGGCCGUUUAAUUCAGACGAUAUAAGUGCGUUUGUCUCAUGGAUUCUUGUGAGUAACAUUUUCAUAUUCAUCUUUUGGACGACUACUUUUGUAUCAUUGGUCCUUUACUUAAUUAAUACCGUGUUUGCACAGGAAUAUCUCGCAAGUAAGAUCGGUAAAUUCAUUACCAAGAAUGAUUCGUUAUCAAUUGUUUUCGAGACCGCCAUUGUACCAGACUGGUCGUCUGGGAAAAUCAGCUUUCAAAAAGUCUUCGUCUCCAGAAGGCCAAAAAUCUCGCACAGCUUCACCAAGGGUUCACAGCAAGAUGCCCUGCAAAGAGCGAAGUUGGCCCUCAGUGAAAGAAUUUUAGUCAACCAGCAGGAUUUUGACAAUGGCAACUAUACCCAAUUUGACCUGACAAUCGACCAAGUGGACAUAUCGCUGAAUUUCAGAAAAUGGAUCAAUGGGAAGGGUAUCCUAGACGAAGUGACUAUCAACGGGCUCAGAGGAGUUAUAGACAGAACACAUGUGGUGUGGAGAAAAGAUGACGACCCUAAGAACUAUUUAAACGUCUAUCAACCGGGCGAUUUUGAAAUAUCAAAAUUUACCAUGAACGACGUCCUUUGCACACUGUACCAGCCAAACGGGUUCAGGCCGUUCCAGAUAAGUAUAUUUAACUGUGAUCUACCGCAAUUAAGGAAGCACUGGUUGUUCUAUGAUAUUUUAAAUGCAAACAAUAUCAAUGGUACCUACGAUAAUUCCAUGUUCACCAUCCACAAAAAGUUCAGAACAGAUGACCAACAUCAGGAUCCCACCUUGUUGUGGAAACAAAUGACAAGGUUUAGAGUAGACAAUCUUGACAUUGAUCAUCUGAACGCUGGUAUUGAAGGACCCUUUGGAUGGAUCAGUGAAGGUCGUGUAAACAUGAUCGGCGACGUUCUUUUACCAGACGAGGAUGCGGCAUCAGAUUCACUGCAAUUGACCGAAAUCCUCACUGAAAUAGGAGAUCGCCUGAUCAAAGAAGCCAAAAGGUACACUUCAUCUUUGCCUCUAGUUGGACCAGGAUUUUCCCAUGCCGUCGACAAAAUUGAUCCGAAUGACUACUUUAUUAUGGACUUUUCUCUAAGAUUAUACAAUGUCAAAGCAGAAGUGCCUUUGUUCACUUCGGGAUUAACAUAUAUCAACAGCGCAUUGAUAAGGCCUAUUGUCGGAUACAUCAAUUCUCACAGAACAUAUAUCCCCAUUAAAUGCCGUAUUGUAAAAAAGAAGUCCGAUUUUGAAGGCUCAUGGACCAUCUACGAUUCAUACCUCAUGCGAGAUCUAAGUGCUGAGGCGUACGACGCCUUUGCCAACUACGUUGCAGACGAUGAAAAGAGGUCAUUGCGCUUGAGAAGGGUUGGAUUUUGGUCGCUGCAGCUUAUACUCCAAGUGAUCUUGAUGAGUCUCGGUGCCAUUGCAUAA